GCAACUGAAUUGCGACUCCUGUUGAUUCGGAUACCGUCCAGCGACAGACGGACCCGCUCAAGAUAACUCGCAGUCCACGACAGUCAUCAGUGGCCACUGCCACUGCCACUUCCUCUCACCAUUCCUACACACCAUCGACGCCUCGUUGGAGCUCAGAAGCUUGCAGAGCAGAGCACGGUCGAAGACGAAGGUGCCAGUGAGCUCUCGACCUCGAACCUGCUGAAGAACUUCUGCAAGUCUAGACUCGAAUUCCGUCGCGUAUCUCGUGCAGGGUACAUCAGCUUGGUGAGAGCAGCGAAUCUAUGGCUCAGGUGGCGGUGGUUCACGCUGCUGCGUCUGCUGCUGCUGUUGCUGUGUCGUGUACCUCGUGCGUGCAAAGUAGGAAAUUGAAUUCUUCCGUCGCCACCAUUUCUGGGCGGAGCGCACCGAGGUUGGAUUUCUGUAGGAACGGGAGAGUGAGGACCGGGAGCAGAUUAGUGGUAAGAGCUGUGAACACGCAGGAGAAGGAAGAGAAGGAAAAGGAGAAGGAGAAGAAGGUUCCGGAUGUAGAGAACACAACUCGAAAGUGGGGCCUGGAAGCUGGGCUAUGGCAGAUUUUCACGUCCAAGGAGGAGGGCGAGGAAGGUAAAGAGAAAAAGAAAAAUCAGGCUAAAGAGCUGCUUACUCGAUACGGGGGGGCUUACCUGGCGACCUCCAUAUCCCUCUCUUUGGUGUCUUUCUCUCUCUGCUACGUUCUGGUCAACUCCGGUGUCGAUGUGCCCAGCUUGUUAGAGAAGGUUGGGAUUCAUACGAAUGAGACGGGCGAGAAAGUGGGAACAUUCGCUCUUGCUUAUGCAGCACACAAGGCCGCCUCCCCAAUUCGGUUCCCUCCAACCGUGGCUCUUACGCCUAUCGUUGCUGGUUGGUUUGGAAAGAAGCCAGCUGGAGACGAUGAUCGAAAGGCGUAGAAUGUAAUUUAGGUUUUUUCCCAGGAAUGAGCAGAUGUCAGGGAGGAAGUGGUCGGUGGUGGAUUCAUCGACCAAACAGGGCAGUGGAGAAGCAGGGAGACAGGGCGAGGACAAUCUUAAUGCCAAAUCGUGUUAAUAUAGCUCUAACUUUGCUAUGAGAACAAUCACAUAGACAUUGCUUAUUCGUGUCAUUACCCCUAAAAAACCGAUCACAUGACUUGUAUAACAUAGUUCCUUAGAAUUGGCGGAGAAGAAAGCAGGGGAAGCUGCAUUCAGACGUACAGAUGGCGUCAUUUACAUAACCAUGUAAUGGGCCGCAGGAAUCCAAUCACUUCAAGUGUUCAAAGACAUUUUGAUUUCCAUGCUUUUCGUCUCUGACUCGACAUAGCAGUGUCAUGGACUCGAGCUUUGUACUAUCACGGUGGUAUCAAUGUAUCUGUAUUUUAAGUAUAA